CAGUGCUGUCACCACAAAACAGCGCAUAUUUGAAACCGCAAGGGCCGUGACAGACUCCUGGAUCAAUGGAUGAAGAUCUAUAACCUCACGACGCUGUUAACUGCAUCGUAAUAGCUGCUGCAAUGCUCGCUUUUGGUUUAACAAUAGUCCGACAUGGUGAGACGCAGUGCAACAAAGAUGGCCUUUUACAAGGUCAGAAAAUAGACUCACCGCUUUCUGAAAUUGGGAUACGUCAAUCUGAGGCUGCUGGCCAGUACCUCAGGGAUGUAAAAUUCACAAACGUGUUUGUCAGUGACAUGAAACGUGCCAAGCAGACUGCGGAGAUCAUUGUGAGGAACAACAGAACCUGCCAUGAUAUAGAACUAGUAGCAGAUCGAUCACUUAAAGAGAGAAGUUUUGGUAUAGCUGAGGGAGGCCGAGUCAUAGAAAUGAAAAACAUGGCUAAAACAGCCGGGCAGCCUUUACCAGAGUUCACUCCACCUGAGGGAGAAACCAUGGAGCAGGUGAAGGUGCGAAUCAAGGAUUUUCUCAAGGCUAUGAUUCAGCGAAUAGCUAAUGACCAUCAAGACAAAGUACAAGAUGGUGAGACAUCCAUAUCAGAUGAAACCAAUUGGGCUCCUGCAGGACUCCCAGAUGACGGAGUCUUGAAUGUUUCUGUCCAUGCCUUGGUUGUUGGCCACGGGGCUUAUAUGAGCAUAAUGAUGCGGCAUUUUUUUGAGGACCUGAAGUGCCCCGUGGGCCGUGGUUUAGACCCAGCUCAACAGUUUUCCAUCUGCCCGAACACCGGAAUGUGCCGUUUUAUUAUCACUUUGAAAUGUAGUAAUGCGGGUUUUGCACUUUCAGACAUGAAAUGCGUGUUCAUCAACAGAAGAGAUCACAUCAAGACUGAUUAAGAACAACAAUAUAUGAAUAGAAAAGGCAAUAAAAUGUUUGCAUGUCAAAGUUCAAGCACUUUACCCCGAUUCAUCAUACAGAAUUUUGUGCUAUAACUUUUAGAAAGACAACCUUUACAAAUAUCUGAUUUGAUUUUUUAAUAUAACUUAUGAAUCCUAUAUUGUAUACCAUUCAGACACUGGCAGUAUUAAAUAUUGUUUUUUGAAGAUUAUUAAUUUUCUGCAAGGGAGUGUUUGUGUGUAUGUAAGUUAUUGAUUUACUUUUAAAUGGUAUAAACGUGUAAAUGUUAACUAAAUAAAUGUCUUACAUCUA